GCCAAAGAAACCAAAGAGUGAAAGGUUUUCUUACUGGUAUUAUUGGCAAAGAAACAUGUUUUCAAAGAUUCAAGUUUUAUUCCUCCAAAUUUUAGGGCUUUGGUUGUUGGGUCGCUUCCUUCAUUGCCAUGGCUUGGCUCGCUAUACUUUUGUGGUAAAAGAAGCUCCAUACACAAGGCUUUGUACCAACAGCACCAUCUUGACUGUAAAUGGACAGUUCCCUGGUCCAACUCUACAUGUCAACACAGGAGAUACUAUCAUCGUUGAUGUCUAUAACCAGGCCAACUACAACAUCACCAUCCACUGGCAUGGAGUGAAAAUGCCUAGGUAUCCAUGGACAGAUGGUCCUGAAUAUAUCACACAAUGUCCAAUUCAACCAGGUAGUAACUUCAGCCAAAAGAUCAUAUUUUCCGACGAAGAAGGAACUCUUUGGUGGCAUGCUCAUAGCGAUUGGUCUCGUGCUACUCUUUAUGGUGCCAUCGUAAUUUCACCCAUAAAUGGAACUAAUUAUCCCUUCCCGACACCUGACGAAGAUGUUCCCAUCAUUUUAGGAGAAUGGUGGAAGAGUGACAUAAUGGAGGUUUAUGAAGAAUUUCUACAAUCAGGAGGAGACCCUAAUGCUUCUGAUUCUUAUACCAUUAAUGGUCAACCUGGUGCUCUUCAACCCUGCUCAGCUUCAGAUGCAUUUAAGCUAAUGGUGGACUAUGGCAAGACCUACCUUCUGCGCCUAAUCAAUGCCGCCCUUCAAGAAAUUCUUUUCUUCGCUAUCCGAGACCAUCAGCUCACCGUCGUUGGGAUCGAUGGUGCCUACACAAAGCCAUACAAAGUCGAUGUGAUCGCGAUUUCACCUGGACAAACCAUUAAUGUUUUAUUAGAAGCCAACCAAGCAUUAGACCACUAUUACAUGGCUGCAAAAGUUUUCUCAAGUGUUGGUAGUGAAGAUUUGGAUUCCGUAAACACUACUGCAAUCAUUCAAUACAACGGAAACUACACACCAUCUUCAAACACUUCCUUACCUUAUCUUCCUAGCUAUAACGACACCAACGCACUGGUCAAUUUCACAAAAAACCUUACGAGUCUAGCAGAUAAUAAUCAUCCGAUUUCGGUCCCAUUAAACAUAACUAAACGAAUGCUUUUCACGCUCUCUAUGAACAGAGUUCCUUGCGAAAAUGUCUCAUGCGCGGGGCCUCAAGGAGGGAGACUUGCUGCUAGUGUUAACAACAUUAGCUUUGUUUUCCCUGAGACGAACAUAUUAGAAGCUUAUUACAACAACAUUAGUGGUGUAUAUGGUGAUAACUUUCCUAGUUAUCCACCUACGAUAUUCAAUUAUACGGGGGACGACAUUCCGGAGGCAUAUCAAAUACCAUGGAAUACAACUGAAGUGAAAGUUUUGGAGUAUAAUUCAGAAGUGGAGCUAGUUUUUCAAGGGACAAACUUGGUCGGUGGUGGUGAUCACCCAAUGCACUUACAUGGUUAUAGCUUUUACGUGGUUGGAUCGGGAUUUGGGAAUUUUGACAACGAAACAGACCCUUUAGGGUUUAAUCUGGUUGAUCCUCCACUGCAAAACACAAUCGCAGUCCCUAAGAAUACCUGGGCUGCCAUAAGAUUCAAGGCAAAUAAUCCUGGAGUGUGGCUCAUGCACUGCCAUCUAGAGCGUCACAUGUCAUGGGGCAUGGAUAUGGCAUUCAUUGUGAAAGAUGGCAAAGGCGCUCAUCAAAAAAUGCUUCCACCACCAUCUUAUAUGCCACCAUGUUACACGGCCAAAGAGCCAAAGAACCCAAAGAGAAGGUUUCAUUACUUGUGUUAUUGGCAAAGAGAGAUGUUUCCAAACAUUCAAGUUUUAUUCCUCCAAGUUUUAGGGCUUUGCUUGUUGGGUCAUUUCCUUCAUUGCCAUGGCUUGGCUCGCUAUACUUUUGUGGUAAAAGAAGCUCCAUACACAAGGCUGUGUACCAACAGCACCAUCUUGACUGUAAAUGGAACGUUCCCUGGUCCAACUCUUCAUGUCAACACAGGAGAUACCAUCAUUGUUGAUGUCUAUAACCAGGCCACCUACAACAUCACCAUCCAUUGGCAUGGAGUGAAAAUGCUUAGGUUUCCAUGGACAGAUGGUCCUGAAUAUAUCACACAAUGUCCAAUUCAACCGGGUAGCAACUUCAGCCAAAAGAUCAUAUUUUCUGACGAAGAAGGAACUCUUUGGUGGCAUUCUCACAGCGAUUGGUCUCGUGCUACUCUUUAUGGUGCCAUCGUAAUUUCACCCAAGAAUGGAACUAAUUAUCCCUUCCCGACGCCUGACGAAGAUGUUCCCAUCAUUUUAGGAGAAUGGUGGAAGAAUGACAUAAUGGAGGUUUAUAAAGAAUUUCAACAAUCAGGAGGAGACCCUAAUGCUUCUGAUUCUUAUACCAUUAAUGGUCAACCUGGUGAUCUUCAACCCUGCUCAUCUUCAGAUGCGUUUAAGCUAAUGGUGGACUAUGGCAAGAUCUACCUUCUGCGCCUAAUCAAUGCCGCCCUUCAAGAAAUUCUUUUCUUCGCUAUCCGAGACCAUCAGCUCACCGUCGUUGGCAUCGAUGGUGCCUACACAAAGCCGUACAAAGUCGAUGUGAUUGCGAUUUCACCUGGACAAACCAUUAAUGUUUUAUUAGAAGCCAACCAAGCUUUAGACCACUAUUACAUGGCUGCAAAAGUUUUCUCCAGUGUUGGUAGUGAAGAUUUGGAUUCCGUAAACACUACUGCAAUCAUUCAAUACAACGGAAACUACACACCAUCUUCAAACACUUCCUUACCUUAUCUUCCUAGCUAUAACGACACCAACGCACUGGUCAAUUUCACGAAAAACUUAACGAGUUUAGCAGAUAAUAAUCAUCCGAUUUCGGUCCCAUUAAACAUUACUAAACGAAUGUUUUUCACGCUCUCUAUGAACAGAGUUCCUUGCGAAGAUAACUCAUGCGCGGGGCCUCGAGGUGGGAGACUUGCUGCUAGUGUUAACAACAUUAGCUUUGUUUUCCCUGAGACGAACAUAUUAGAAGCUUAUUACAACAAUAUUAGUGGUGUAUAUGGUGAUAACUUUCCUAGUUAUCCACCUACAAUAUUCAAUUUUACAGGGGACGACAUUCCGGAGGCAUAUGAAAUACCAUGGAAUACAACAGAACUGAAAGUGUUGGAGUAUAAUUCAGAAGUGGAGCUUGUUUUUCAAGGGACAAACUUGGUUAGUGGUGGUGAUCACCCAAUGCACUUACAUGGUUAUAGCUUUUAUGUUGUUGGUUCAGGAUUUGGGAAUUUUGACAACGAAACAGACCCUUUAGGGUUUAAUCUUGUCGAUCCUCCACUGCAAAACACAAUCGCAGUCCCUAAGAAUACCUGGGUUGCCAUAAGAUUCAAGGCAGAUAAUCCUGGAGUGUGGUUCAUGCACUGCCAUCUAGAGCGUCACUUGUCAUGGGGCAUGGAUAUGGCAUUCAUUGUGAAAGAUGGCGAAGGCUCUGAUCAAAAAAUGUUUCCACCACCAUCUGAUAUGCCACCAUGUUAAACUAACUUUAGGGUUCCUUGAAGGGAAAUUGUGGUGUGGUGUGGUGUGGUGUGGUGUUCUUUAAUUCUAUAAUUGUUUUAAGGAUGGAUUGAGUGAUUUCAUUGUCUGGGUUCAAAGGAUUGGAAGUUAAGAGUCAAUUGUAUUGUUCGCAGCUGUACUAUUAGCGCCUGCAAUAAAGUCAAGUGUUUUAAAUUUUA